AUGCCGGGAGUUCCAUCAAACAAGGCAUGUGAGCGAUGUAAAAAGCGCCAUCUGAAGUGUGAUGAGACACGCCCCAGCUGCCAGCGUUGCACCAAUGCUGGAGUUGAAUGCCCGGGAUAUGUACAAACUCGCAAGUUUAUCGAUCAGGGUGCCUCUGUUCGGCGUCGAUAUGCGCCAUAUCAACAGGAUAACCCCCGACGGGAUCCUUCACAUAGUCCCAAUAAAGUGACGCGAGAAAGUCCGUCAAAUAUUGGAGGAGCUGCAAUCACAAGCAAUGCUGUUGAUGAUCCAAUACACACGCGUGUAGCUGCAACAGCUGUAUUUGAUCAGCCAGCCGACGCUAGUCAAGUCUUUUUCGGUUCACCUAUAGCCGAAUCAAGACGUCAAAAUCAAUUACAAGUGGAAAAUCAGCAUACCCCGAACGCCAGCACUCGUGCUGCUGCAGCGGGUGAACAGAUGACUUAUCAUGAAGAGCAUGCAACAGCUGAUGAUCAAUCACCAGCUCAUGACAGCCAAUCCGUCCAAAGUGAUAAAGAGGAUUUCCAUGAGGUGGUAUCAGAGUUAAUGACAGACUCUGAGCACGAAAUAUCCUUUCUUAUACGCCAUUACUCCCAACAUAUCGCUCCAUGGCUGGACCUCUCCGAUAGUAGAAGGUUCUUUACAACAUACGUUCCCAUACGAGCGAUAGAUUAUCCUUACGUGAGGUACUCGAUCGGCGCCUUAGCAGCAAUACAUCUGGGCCAGAUGAAGGGCGCGACAUGUCCGGAAAACGUUGGCAUGUUUACUAGCCCAGCAGCCAUGGAGACGUACCCCAACGCGCCAGAAGUGGACUGGUAUCUCAAGGCAGCAAACUACUACUAUAUGUCGAUCGCGCGCAUGAACUCAAGCAUGCCAGAAUCCUUUGCGACUCUCUCCAGUUCCGCUGUUCUGGAAGGCCCCGUCGAAAUCGUGAAAACCUGGCUGCACCGCCAUGCAGAGACUACUCCUGCCUCCGCAAGAGACGACACAUUUUGGAGGAAAACAGAGGCCUUGCUAGCCACAGCAACCAUGCUCACCAUGUAUAAACUCAUAAGCAAACCCGGAGAGGAAUGGAAUCUAUACCUCACCGGGGUCAGCUCCCUAUUCGAAUCCCUCCUCCACCUCAAAAACAACUCCUCCGACCCCAUAAAAUUUACCCACGGCAUCAAUGCCUCAUUCUGGAACUUCGCUCGACAAGACUACCUAGCCUCCUACUUUAACCGCCUCCCCACCUACCUCGACCCAACCAACCUCCCGCUCUGGCGCGCAGCCGGCCUCACCUUCACCGAAGCCGGCGAAAUUGACCCCUCAAGCAGCACCUCCUUCCCCACCCCGGAAGACUUCGCCUCCAACAGCCUCACCUACCUCCUAUCCAAGUUGACCAACUUCCUCGCCCACCUCCGAACCUCCCAACUAGACCAACUCAUCACCCAACCAUCACCACCUCCAACCAGAACAACCCCAGCCACACCCCCCACCUCCACCUCCACCUCUACAACCUGGCUCAACCUCUCCGUCUCCUUCCAAUCCUGGGUCGACCGUAUGCCCGAAACAUUCCGCCCAUGUCUGCGACUGCACACUCCCCGCCCAGAAGUCUACUACUCCCUCCCAUCCUGCGCAGCAACCAUGCAACAAUACCACUUCGGCCGGCUAGCACUAUGUCUCAAUCGGCCCGCGGACGUGAUAACAAGUCCCACGACCGCGUUCGACCGACUCCAGGGGUACAGGGAGGUCACAAAGGAGGUGGAUUACAGAUGUAAGGAGAUUGUGGGGAUAGCGGCGGCGAGGCCCCAGAGCUGCGCGCGGAUUUAUAUGCCGGCUUUGCUGUUCGCUGCGGGACAGUGUUUAGAGAAGCAGGAGGAACGGCAGGUUGUUGAGGAAUUGUUGUGUGGGAUUGGGGCUGAUUUGGGAUGGGAGACGGAUUCAGAGAUUCAGAGGUUGAAGGGGUUGUGGGAGGAGAGGUAG